AUGUUGAUAGCUGUCCAGCUCCUGAUGAAGCGGGAGGGUGAACUGGAGGCACAACUGGCAAAAGUGAGCAUUCCAGUUAUAGCAGCAAGUACUUUUAGCACCCAGAGCACAUCAGAGGGAGGAAAGAAAGAGGAAGAGGAGGAUGACAUCGAUCUCUUUGGAUCUGAUGAUGAGGAAGAUACAGAAGCUGAACGCAUCAAGGAGGAACGUUUAGUUGCAUAUGCUGCAAAGACAUCCAAAAAGCCUGCCCUUAUUGCCAAGUCAAAUAUGAUCCUGUAUGUGAAGCCCUGGGAUGAUGAGACAGACAUGGCUGAGAUGGAGAAGCAGGUGCGAAGCAUCCAAUGUGAUGGCCUUCUUUGGGGUGCUGCCAAACUGGUUCCACUUGCUUAUGGGAUCAAGAAGCUACAGAUUUCCAGUGUUGUUGAGGAUGAUAAGGUUUCUGUUGAUUGGCUCCAGGAACAGAUUGAAGCCUUUGAGGAACUGGUCCAGAGUGUGGACAUCGCUGCAUUCAAUAAAAAUAUGAAGACAGCCUGGUUAAGAAUUGAAGAAUAA